AGAUUGUCCUUGGUCGUGGUAAGACCUAUUCACAACGUUAGUGUAGUGAUAUAUUUCAACAUAAAGUGCUGUUAACGGUAAUAACUAGUGAUUGUACGAAUUUCUUUAUACUUACAUUAAAAUCGUCACAGUUCAAAAUGCCGAUAGUUGAAAGACAAUUUCGCAUCCCAUUCCUUCAACUAUUUCUAAGUAGUAUAAUGUUCACUACUGUGAUAAUAUGUAUACAAGCGGAAGAUCAGUCUACCGAAAUUAAAACACAUAAAGAACUUGGUUAUCGUUUACUAAAAGAUGUACAGCCAUGGCACUAUAAUAUUAACAUAGAAUUUUCUGAAACGCUGGACCGUUUAAAUGGCGACUGCGAAAUUGACAUUGAAAUUUUAAAAGCAACGUCAAAUAUAAGAUUACACAGUCCCAAACCGAAAAGACGGCUGAUGGAUUAUAAUAUAAAAUUGAUUAUGAAGAAUGAUAUCGCAGAUGAACCUAUGCCUAUAGCUAUACCUAUAACUGACAUAUAUACUCCAAGAAUGAUGGGAUACUCCGAGAAGGUGAACAUUCUAGACCUCUCUUUCAAUCAGCAGCUAUCUCCUGGAAAUUAUUCCCUGUCAAUCUCAUACGAGACAAAUAUCAGUAAAGGCAUAGAGGAAGGUUAUUUUAUUAAAAGUGUAUUUCCGCCUGGAGCAAGACGACAGAAUACAUUAUUGGCAACAAAUAUUCAGUCUAUUGAAGCUCGACAACUGUUUCCGUGUUGGGAUGAGCCGGAAUUUAAAACAACAUUUCGAAUUAGAUUCAUACAUCCUCACGGAUAUAUGAUCUGUCCAGAUGUGUGUGAAGAGGAAACAUAUACACAAGAUGAUUAUAAACAAGAUUGGAUCUCCACUACUUUUGUCACUGUUAAUGCAAUAUCUACUUACCAAAUGAUAUUUGUGCUAACUGAUUUAAAGCUUCUACCUCUCACUUAUCCAGAUGUAUCAUGUCAUAUAUGCAAUACCGAAUCAAAUGUGUUUAGUAUGAUAUCGAGUAGAUCUAGCAUAGGAAAAUAUAUGGAAUUUGCAGGAAAUGUGACUCUUAAGCUUCAAAACUCUACGUGGUACAGGAAACUUCCUAAAAGAGUCGCGUUUAUAAAUCAAUAUGCACUUCCUAUGGCUAUUCCAUUUGAUUUCAUCGGAAAACAGAGGCUCAUCAUUUACAGAGAAUCACUUCUUUCUUACAAUAAAGAAUUAGACACCAGUGUCCAGAAAAGAGAAAUAGCAAGCACAGUAGCACGUGGAAUAGUACAUCAGAUGAUAGAUAAUGCAAUCUCACCGUCGUGGUGGUCUCACCUAUGGUUAAAUGAAGGGCUUGCCACUCUUCUUUACAUGGAAAUUCUAGAUGAGAUUUUUACGGAAUGGCGAUUUCGUGAUUUGUUCGUGGUGCAAGUUCGACAAGACUGUUUUCGCCUCGACACAAAUUUCAUGGAGCCUCUUUCAUAUGAAGUCCAGACAUCAUCCGAGAUUAAAUCCCUUUUCUCUUUUCCAAUUUAUGUCAAAGCACCUGUCAUAUUGCGCAUGGUAAAACAUAUUAUGGGCAACGAGUUUCAAGAUAGUAUUCAGACAUUUUUGACUAUAUACUACUAUGGAUCUCUGAAUCCUACUUAUUUAUGGGAUAUGAUGCAAAUUUACAUGUCAUGUGGAAUACUGGACACACUCCUUACUCCAGAAGUAUGUAACUAUACCAUGAAUGAUAUAAUGGAGACCUGGAUAACAACAAAUAAUUAUCCUAUUGUACACGUUCAUCGAAAUGCAAGCAAGCUGUUCAUAUUUCAAUCUGAAGAGGUAUUUUACAAUGAUAAUGAAGGCAAAGCGCUACCUAGUCACUGGUUACCUAUCACUUUCACUACAUGGGAAGAGUUAGAUUUCAAUAACACAGCCCCCCAUUAUUGGAUAACUCCAAAGAAUAGCAAUGGAAUAUCUGUCCAACUUACUGAUAAUAAUGGGUGGAUCAUACUAAACUUACAACAAACAGGAUACUACCGUGUAAAAUAUGAUAAAGAUAGCUUAAGGUUCAUUACAAACUAUUUACGGAAUGAAAACUGUGAGAAGAUUCAUGUUCUUAACCGCGCUCAACUCAUUGAUGAUACAUAUUAUUUCUUGAUGAGAGGAAAAGUUCGGUACAGCCAGUUUGUGAAUCUCAUAUACUAUUUGGGCCGAGACAGGGAUUACGUAGCAUGGUAUCCUAUGCUCCAAAUAUUUAUAGACCUAUCGUAUUUCUUACCAUUUGCAGACAGCUUAUUUAUAAAGCAAGAUAUGCGCUAUAUAUUGAAAAGGUUGCUCUACACAUUAUCAUACGACGAAAAGGUCGAUGAAGAUGAUCUCACUAAGUGGUUGCGCCAAGAAGCUGUAAAAUGGGCAUGUAUCUUUGAUGAUACACAAUGUCAGCAAAUUGCUACUUAUAGAUUGAAGGAACACCUAGAAGAUCCUACAAAUCACAAACUUUCGCUGGAAUGGAGAGAAUGGACGUAUUGUAAAGGUGCGAUAAAAGCGGAUGAGAGUGUUUUGCUGAAAUUGGAAGAAUUAUUAAACAUAAAUAAUUCUAAAGCUUUUAAUUAUAUUUCAUGCGCUGAAAUACCCCAUCGUAUAAUCGACAUUUUCUAUUCUUCAUCUCUUAAACGGAAAGACAGAUAUCCCACUCUUUUCUCUUAUGCCAUCUUUGUAAAUUAUGCAGUGAAACAUAUACACGGCAUCAUAGAAAUUAUAAAGGCGUACAAUGCUUCACUUUCUGAUAAAAGCAAAUUAUUAGUUGUUAUUAUAAAUCACUUAUAUUCUGAAGAGAAAAUUCAACAGAUGAGCAACCUUCUGGGUUGUAAAUUCGUGAAACCGAAAAUAUGUAGAACUUUUGAUGAUGUUAUCAAAAGACGCUUGCGUCAAGUUGCGUACCAAAAAUCCAGGCUUCUUAAAUUACAUCUAUAAUAUAUCUAAUUGUUUAAAUGUGUCAAUGAGAGAUAAAGCCAUGUGUUUAUGCUAUUAUAUUAUAAAUAUUUUAAUGCAUAUUUCCUUAUAAUUAGGUAGUGUUUUACAAAUUUAUUUAUUACUAAGUAUUCAAUAUGUUCAAUUUUAUGCUUUAAAUUUAUACUUUAAUACAUUCUUCUAGUUAGCUUCACUAGUGUUAAUACUGUUAUUAUUAUUAUGUUGUGUCUAUUAUAUUUCAUCCUACGUUUGCGUUUACUAUAAAUUCACAUUUAUACUGCAUAUUUUGUUUCUCUUAUUUAACAAUGUUCUAAUGUACAGAGUGAGUCACUAAAAUAAUUAUAUAAUGGUAUUCGAACAAA